AUGAAAAGAGGAAAGAAUCCCAUCAAGACCAUUCUAUAUAGAAAUUUAUUCAAGACGGUAGAGGACAUGUGGUUGAGAAUUGGGCACAGAGAGAAGGCGACAGACGGAACACCCCAGGUGGGUAUGUGCACAGAAGCAGAGGCAGGUUCCCUGGGGAGAUUGGAAAGCAUCAGGUCGAAGCAAACCGUCCUUAUCCUCAAGUACGAAAUAAAAUCUGAGAAAUUUAUCUGUCAUGCACCGUCAGCAGAAGGAUGUAAGAUAUUGUUUUGUGGCGACUAUGAUGGGAAGGGUAGGGGGACGGACUUUUGGCGUGACCAACUGGGUUGGGAAGGGGAAAAACCACCUCGCUCCAUCUAUAACCGGUACAAGGCCGUCGGAAACCCGGAACGAAAAGAAGAUAAUUCUCGCAUUCGAUUUUCAUGGGAUUUGGAAACGGGGCAGUGGAUGGACAAAUCGACGUGGUUGAAGAUGAAGCGGCACUCAGGCCCUUGCCAGGUUACAGGGGAUGAGAAGGCCAAAGGGGACGAUGGAGUUACGAACGGUCAUACGAUGACAGAUGUGAAAAGGAGAGAGAGAAACGGCAGCCAGGUGCAGUUAACGAAAAAAGACAGGAGCGCUGUGGGAACAGACUCGGAUUAUGUUAAACAGAGUCAUAAAGUUAUCGCUUUCGAUCUCGAAGAAGGUACCGUUGACCAAAGUUCAGACGAGGAGCCAAGGGGAGAGAAUGUUGAUGCUCCAUUAGCUAGCUCGGACAUCCAGCGACAGAGAAACGGCGUGGAUUUAGGAGCGAAGUCUGUCCCGAAACAGGAACGAAUAGUUGCUCCAACAAGGUCACCUACACGGAGGAAAAGCUCACCCGAAGCCUCGACAAUGUUACCCUCAGAGCUAGUUUCGAGAAUUGAUCCGACACUAAAACCUAAAGCAAUAGCAGCUACCACACCGGAAAAUCGGAAUAAGGAAUCACAGGAGCCAAUAUUUGCCGAAGUACUGGCACCAGGAGCCAGCAUUUCUCUUAAAUCAACCCCAAAAGCAAUAGAAUCGGCCCCAGACAGUAAUAGUGGGACAUCCCUAGGAGUUAUUCAUGAUAUUAUUAACACAGGACAGAAUGAGAGAGAGUCAGUAAAGGCACUAAGUAAUCGAGUAGCCAGGCGGGACCACCCCAUAGCACUGACGCUGGAGACGGAUAUUGCUCCCGAACGAUGGGUAAAAGUUCCAAGGUUACUGGAAGAAAAGGAUGAAAAUCUAAAUGAUCCAGCGGAAACCGCUCUGGCUGCAACGGGUGGUAAGAGGACAACUCAGGGGGAAUGUCCAGCGACUAGGCCAAAAGGGAAAUGGGAACGGCGGCCAGCCAAGGGUAAGAGUAGAAAGGUCAUAGUUCAAACUACGCCUGUCGAUGGCAGCUCCUGGAGCGUUAGGGAUUGA